AUGGAAGAAUACCAUCUUCGAAUUCUCAAGGCUGCAGCCGACAAAAUUGUUGAAGAUAUUCGUUCUCAAGUUCAUGACAACACCAUGUAUACACCUUCAAUUGACUUCCUUGAGUGUAUGGAAUCUGUGAUACCACCUUCUUUACUUUGUUUCAUGGAGAAGUGUGGAUCUGAAACACAAGGAAGGCGAGCUGGAUUCUUGGAGGAAAAAGUGGGAGCUAACGAAGACGUGGCGGUAGAGACGUGGUCGACUCGUGAAGGCGUGGUGGUACCCAUUCCAGUGGAGAUUCGUCCGCGCAUCAUCACCUACAAGCUGGAGGCGGUGUUCUGGGGCGUGCGGCGGCUGCGGCGCGUGCAGCUGCUGCCGGUGUCCCGGCCGCGAGUCGCGCUGCAAGUCGCGGGCCGCCGUCUCUGCUCCGCCGUCAUCCCGGACACCGCCGCCAACCCCAACUUCCCCAGCCCGCACAUGGUCUUCACUCUGGAGCUGCCGGAGCAGGAGGAGUACCUGCCUCCGCUGCAGGUGGAGGUGCACGACUGCCGCAGCUUCGGCCGCGAGGUGCUGGCCGGCGUGCACGCACUGCACAGCCUCGCCGACUUCGUCGUGCCGCCUCCGCCUUAUCUCACUGAUAAACAGGAGCCACAGAAAGACGAACCUGAGCGUAAUAAGAAGGGUCGCUUCGGAAUGGGACUGGCGUGGCGUCGUAAGCACGCAGCUCCCGCCAUUGCCGAAGAAGAAAUCGAAGCCCCCGACUGGUGGACCAAGUACUACGCCUCACUGCCGCAGGCAGAACGAGACAGAAAAUUGUCUCUAGCUGGCCAUGUGGGAGCCGAGGCGACAGAACCGGUGGAAAAGUUGGAGAUAUACCCGUGCGAACUGGAGAAGCUGGCCCAGUUCAGCGGCCUGCAAGACUGGCUGCGCUGCUUUUCUCUGCACAGGGGCAAGCGCGCCGGCUCCGGCCGCAGCCCGGUCGUGGGGCACGUCAAGGUAGCGCUAUGCCUGUACCCGUCUCCGUUCCCGGAGCGGCCAGCUGUUCGCUUGCUGUCGCGUCACGAGAACAACGUGCCGGUGCGUGUGUGCGUGCGCUGCUACUGCGUGCGGGCCACGGAGCUGCACCCGCGGGACCCGACGGGGCUGUCCGACCCCUACGUGGAGAUGCGCGUGGGCGGCCAGGUGGCCGGCUCCAGGGACGACUACGUCCCGCAGCAGAUAGAGCCCGUGUUCGGCAGGCUGCUGCAGCUGGAGUGCGUGCUGCCGAGGGACUGGCAGUUGUCGGUGCGCGUCAUGGACUGGGACCGCACCACGCGCGACGACCUCAUCGGCGAGACCAGGAUCGACUUGGAGCAGCGCCUCUACAGCGACCACCGGGCCCACUGCGGGCUCCCGCGCUCCUACCACACGAGUGCACAAAUCAGAAAAUUCAUCGUCUGGAAAGACAGUUAUGUUCCGGGCCACAGGAAGGGCUACAACGCGUGGCGCGACGCAGAACGGCCGACGCAUAUCCUGGAGGGCCUGUGCAGGAAGCAGGGGCUGCGUCUUCCUGAGUACCUGGCCGACGACACGCUCAGUGUUGCCGGAGCCACGUACUCCCUGCCGUUGACCGACCAGUCCGCCGCGGAGCGCCGGAGUUCGGAGUGGCGCGAGCAGCUGGCGCUGGAGGCGCUGCGGGCGUGGCGGCCGCGGCUGGUGGCGGAGCACGUGGAGCGCCGGCCGCUGCAGCACGCCGCCUUCCCGGGGCUGGCGCAGGGCUUCCUGCACCUCUGGCUGGACCUCUUCCCGCUGCCGUGGGUGCCGGAGCAGAAGGCGCAGUCGACGGACGUGCACUACCGGUCGCUGAACGGCGAGGCGAUGUUCAACUGGCGGUUCGUGUUCCCGCUGUGCUACCUGCCGGGCGAGCGCCGGCUGCUGGUGCAGCAGCGCUCCGGACCGAUGCUGGGCCGCUCCACCCGGCGCACGGCGCCGCCCCGGCUGCACCUCCAGGUCUGGGACAGCGACCACUUCUCGCCCGACGACUUCCUCGGCGCGGUGACGCUGAACCUGUGGCAGCUGCCUGUGGGCGCCCCCUCUGCCAAGCAGUGCUCGCUGGCCAUGCUGGAGCGCGGCGCGCCCACCCUCAACCUGUUCAGAGCGCGCAGGGCGCACGGCUGGUGGCCCUUCAGGACACGCGAGGAAAACGAGUACAAAAUCGCCGGAAAAGUGGAGCUGGUACUGGAGGUGCUGACCAGCUUGGAGGCGGAAGCGAGGCCUGCGGGCAAGGGCCGACAAGAACCGGACGCGCUCGAGAAGCCCAAGCGGCCCGACACGUCGUUCUCGUUCUUCGUGAACCCGCUGCGCGCCCUGUACUUCGGCGUGUGGCGGCCGAACCGGCUGCGGCUGCUGAUGCUGGUGCUGACGCUGCUGGGCGUGCUCUUCCUGCUGGCCGCCCUGUACUCCGUGCCCGGCUACGCGGUCAAACGGCUGCUGGGCGCCUAA